GAUAAAUUGCAUCCCUUUUCUCUUCUCCGUCACUGGCGCUCACUUGUUUCAAGUUUCCUUCCCUUCCUUCCCUCGAGCUUCGCGUCCGUUUUAGAGAGAGAAAGUAGUUUAAAGUCAGAAGAAGCUAUAGAGAGAAACGCAUGCUUUCCUUCAACUGAAGCUGCAGCGAGAGCGAAAGAGAGAGAGGGAGAAAGCGCUACUACCGAAGCUCAAACUCUUCCCCGGAAAAUGGUCGUCUUUUCCGGCAAGCAGGUUUUUCCAGUGGACUACGAGGCCGAGGUCUCGAAACUCCUUCUCGAAGCUUCUCUCUCGGGAGAUCUGAAAUCGGCGCUCGAGUGCAUCGCUGAUCCGUUUGUCGAUGUCAACUUCGUCGACGCUGUGUGCCUCAAGACCAGGAAGACCGAGGUGGUGUUGGGCGGCGAAUCGGAGAGCGAAGUUCGCGUCGACUACGAGGAGUUCAAAACUGAUGUCACUGCUCUUUUCGUCGCUGUUCAUACCGGAAAUGUCUCUCUGGUGAAGAAAUUACUGAGCAUUGGAGCUGACGUGAAUCAGAAGCUAUUCAGGGGCUUCGCGACAACAGCAGCAGUGAGGGAGGGCCACUAUGAGAUUCUUGAAAUCCUACUAAAAGAUGGGGCGUCUCAACCAGCUUGUGAGGAAGCUCUGCUGGAGGCAAGCUGUCAUGGACGUGGUGCUAAGUUUGCUGAGCUGCUAAUGGCUUCCGACUUAAUCAGGCCCCAUGUUGCUGUGCACGCUCUGGUCACAGCAUGCUGUAGAGGGUUUGUCGAUUUGGCGGACGCACUCAUUAAGUGUGGUGCAGAUGCAAGUGCUACAGACAGGGUGUUGCUCCAAUCAUCUAGACCUUCAUUGCACGCAAAUGUCGACUGUACUGCACUAGUUGCCGCUGUUGUUAGUAGGCAGAUCUCCGUUGUUCGUUUGCUGCUACAGGCUGGUGCCAGGACAGACAUCAAAGUGAAGCUAGGAGCAUGGUCUUGGGACACCAGCACAGGAGAAGAGUGUCGUGUAGGUGCUGGACUUGCAGAGCCUUAUCCCAUCACCUGGUGCGCAGUGGAAUAUUUUGAAAGCAGUGGUGCCAUUUUGCGAAUGCUCCUGCAACAACUCUCCCUCCAUAGCCCUCAUUGUGGAAGGACCCUUUUGCACCAUGCGAUCCUUUGUGGGAAUGCAGGAGCUGUGAGCCAUCUCUUAAGUUGUGGGGCCGACGUAGAAUCGCCAGUUAAAACAACUGGAGGAACCAUGUUUCGUCCAAUACACAUGGCUGGUCGUCUUGGGUAUUCUGCAAUCCUUCAGUGCCUGAUUGACUUUGGUUGUGAUAUAAACUCCAAGACUGAUAUUGGUGACACUGCUUUGAUGAUUUGUGCAAGAUAUAAGCAAGACGAUUGUCUCAGGGUAUUGGCCAUGGCUGGUGCUGAUUUUGGAUUGAUUAAUGCCGAUGGUCAAUCUGUGAGUUCGAUUUCUGGGUCAAAUAUGUGGUUUUUUGGUUUUCAACUGGCAGUGGUAGAUGUGAUAAAAGCUGGAAAGUUGCCAAGAUCGAGCAAUCUCUCGGUGUUCUCUCCUUUAAUCUCUGUGGCUCAAGCUGGUGAUACAGAGGCCUUGAAAGCUCUUAUGAGUUGGGAAGGAUUUAACGUGGAUUAUCAGGAUGAUAAUGGUUUCUCGGCAGUCAUGAUCACUGCAUUGAAGGGUCAUGUUGAAGCGUUCCGCUUGUUGGUAUAUGCAGGGGCAGAUGUAAAGUUGGCUAAUGAAUCUGGUGAAACUGCAAUUACUCUUUCGGAAUCAAACCAGAAUCGCGAUCUUUUCGAGAAAGUAAUGCUCGAGUUUGCACUUGAAAAGGGCAACGGGAAUGCCGGAGGGUUCUAUGCUUUGCAUUAUGCGGCUCGUCAAGGGGAUUCGGAUGCGGUAAAACUAUUAACAGGUUGGGGUUAUGAUGUAAAUGUUCCCGAUGGGGAUGGUUACACUCCACUCAUGUUGGCAGCGCGGGAAGGCCAUAGUACCAUAUGUCAACUAUUGAUCUCUCAUGGGGCCAACAUCAAGUUUAAGAAUGAAAGAGAUGAAACGGCGUUGUCCCUUGCUAGGAAAAAUGGCGGGAAGGAAAAUGAAGCAGAGUGUAUAUUGUUGGACGAACUGGCUCGCAACUUGGUAAUAGGUGGUGGCCGUGUCCAGAAGCACACAAAGGGAGGGAAGGGGAGCCCUCAUGCGAAAGAGAUCAGAAUGGUGGGCGACACUGGUAUAUUGCAUUGGGGGAAGUCGAGUCGGAGAAAUGUGAUAUGCCGAGAUGCAGCCCUGGGGCCAAGCCAGGCAUUCCGCAGGAAUAGAAAGACUAAGGGUGAUGCCGAUCAACCCGGACUGUUUAGGAUAGUGACAAACAAGAACCAGGAGGUGCAUUUUGUGUGUGAAGGUGGGCGUGAAGCUGCAGAGCUGUGGGUGAGUGGUAUCAAGCUUGUGACGAAAGAGGCAGUUUUUGGAUAAGAAAUGAACGAUGAUGUAUAGUCAGUUUAGAUUAUUAGAGGAAUACUCCACCUCGAAGUACUGAAUUUUUUUUAUGUUCAGUGUAAAUCUUUUGAUC